ACCCACCGUUCAACCACCAACCCCAUAUUCUAAUAUCUUCAUAUCUUCUUCUUUUUAUUUCGUUAAAAGUUUAUAUAUCUUCCAAAAUCCUUAGCACAAAAACACUAUUUAUAUUCCUCUUCAUAUCUUGAAGAAAACAUUACUUUUUUGUUGUUUUUGUUAAUUCUAUAUCUCGUACGUAACCUAAAUGGCGAGCCAAGGAGUCGUCGUUCUCGGAGGGGAGAGAGAAGGGGCAGAGAUCGUGUACGGAGCGGAAGAAUGUUACAAGAAAUCGUUGGAGCUUCUAGAGGAGCUAGGGUUUCCAAAAGGAGUGAUGCCUUUGAAGAAUCUUGUGGAGUGUGGAAGAGUUAUGGCCACAGGAUACGUGUGGAUGAAGCAAGACACUCCUUACGAGCAUUUCUUCGAAGCCACCAACACUCGCGUUUCCUACGGUCUCGAGGUCACCGCCUAUGUCGACAAGUGUUGUAUGAAGAAGAUGACAGGAGUGAAGAGUAAGCAGAUGUUUAUGUGGGUACCGAUCGUGGAGAUGAGUAUGGAGGAGCCAAAGAGCAAGAAGAUUUACUUCAAGACUCCUAUGGGAAUCGGCAAGUCUUUUCACGUUACCGCAUUCAUGGACGAGGAAGAGAAACGCAACUUUUACUUGGAAAAUCCCAAAAAUUAAACAAGUUUAAUGAAUUGAUCUGGUUCAGAUCUUAUUAUCAUUAUUACAUUUUGGGUUGCUUUUUUGGUCUUUUAUUUUAUUUAUAUAUAUAUAUAUAUAUAUAUAUAUAUAUAUACAGUAUCUUGUAAGGUUGCUCUAUGCCAUCAAUAUUAAAACUAUAAUAUAAUACAUUCCCGGGAUCGUUGGUUAUUUUUCUUAAAAACGUUAUUCAUAAGUCUUUAUAAUUCUUUUCAUUCUAUUUAUGUACAUGAGAACUUUUUUUGUGAAUAAUUAUAUGUGAAGUAAAUUUUGA